AUGAUUAUGAUGGGCGAACCCCUUACUUUAGCAAAUGAUGUGAAGAGGUCCAUCGAAUUAUUAGACAAAUUGCAAAAAGGAGGCGAAGUUCCAGCAACAAAGUUAGCUGCUUUACAGAAAGUUUUACAGAGUGACUUUCUUAGCGCUGUACGCGAAGUAUACGAACAUGUAUACGAGACAGUAGACAUUCAGGGCUCUCAAGAUGUCCGUGCAUCAGCUACGGCAAAAGCAACAGUUGCUGCCUUUGCCGCAAGCGAAGGUCAUGCCCAUCCGCGAGUCGUGGAAUUACCAAAAACAGAAGAAGGUCUUGGUUUUAACGUGAUGGGAGGCAAGGAACAAAAUUCGCCCAUUUACAUUUCACGAAUUAUUCCUGGAGGUGUUGCCGAUCGCCAUGGUGGCCUGAAACGGGGUGAUCAACUCCUUUCAGUGAAUGGAGUGUGCGUCGAGGGUGAGAAUCAUGAGAAAGCGGUAGAGUUGCUGAAACAAGCACAGAACUCCGUGAAACUGGUUGUACGUUAUACUCCCCGAGUUUUGGAAGAAAUGGAAUUGCGAUUCGACAAGCAAAGGGCAGCUCGUAGUCGGCGCCAGCACAUGCAAUAAAAAUAAAAAUCUAUUACAUGUCAUUACUUCCUUCCUAACAAACCAACUACAUACAUAUUACCAUCAUCUUAAUUUCGUAUCUUCUUUAUGUGUAAAUCGCAGUAACUUUAUUUAACUGAGUAAUAGAACGUGCGAGACUUGAUUUUAAGAAAAUACUAUCAUUAUUGUAAU